CAGGUUCAAAACUCCUAGAUCAAAAGAACCUCACAGACAUUUCCCCGUCAUGGCAAAACCGAUGCUCGAAAGCUUGCCAAAUGAGUUGAUGGUAAUCAUUUUCUCCCACAUCUCAGACUUGGCUACACUCAAGUCCAUCGUACUAUCAUCACCAGUAUGCCACAAAGCAUAUCUCAUGGUUCGAGAGGAACUUCUCAACAAGAUCCUCAAGAGAAGUUAUGGAGAUUUCCUAGAUCUAUCUGAGGCAAUUAUCGCAAUUAGGUCAGAAGAUCUCUGGCUUGCACUCCACGAGGAACAAGCCAUUGCCUUAUUAGACCGCUGGCGUCGCAGAGAGGAAAUCAGGCAAUCCUUUCCAGCAUUAGCAGCUCGACUGUAUCAGCCUUGUGACGUGGAGGAAAUUGUCAAGUUACUACAAUUCCACAAAAUGCUACAAUUUUUCCUUGAGGACUAUACGAUAAAUUUGCCGCGACCCUCGUGGAUCGAACCCGCUCGGUGGCAACAAGAACUGCCUCUCACAAUGUCCGAUGUCGAGAGAUGUCGCUUUGUGAGAGCAUUAUGUCGGCUACAAAUUUACAGUAAUGUUUUUGGCCUUCCUAGGGAUCGCAAAUGCCCGCGUGUUCUUGCCAGCAGUUUUCUCAGCGAUGAAAAAUCGUUUCGUUUGUUCCUCGGGGCAAUGCCCCCUUGGGAAUAUCACGAGAUGGGGUGUGUAUGGACUUAUCUCCAGACCAAAUACGAUCCAGUCUUCUGGAAAAUGUCCACCAAAUUUCGCGACGCUAUGGUAAAUGACCAAGGUCGGUUUUUUUUUAUUUUUUUUGGAAAUGUUCUAUCCGACGAUGAGUGUCCACCAUCGGUAAUUGAUAGGGUCAAGGAUCUCCCACUGAUUUCCGAGUAUAUAACAGCAUUAACUUUCAUGGCCCCGGAUUUUCUAUAUCGUGUUCUGCAAUCGACACCCAUACUACAGCGCAACCUGGUCCUUGGAAACCUCAAUAGCGCUUUUCACUCUGUCUUUGAUGGCAGGUUUCCAAAUUGGCAUCAGCGAAUUCCAUUCACGGAUCCGGCAGAUCGGCAUUAUGUCCGACACUUUGAGCAUUUCUGGUCUACCCUGCCACCUCUUGAACAGCCUAACCUGGGCUGGAGGAAACUCGGUCUAGUUCCGCACACGCCUGAACAAGAACUAGAGUACGCGCUCGAUAGGGAUAGUGACCAGCCCCUUGCGAAUGAAUGGUCGUGGGGGUGUGCUCUGUGGGAUGAUGCAAGAUUGAAAAGGUGGAAGGCACCUCUAUUGGAAGAAGGAAGGGGGGAUGCUCCUCUUUUGCUCCUCACAGCAGCUUGAAGGCAUCUUCCUUUUCUUCGGUAGAAAUUGAGUUACCCUCUGCGCUUUUCCUAUGAAUUUAAUGGCCUGGAACUCCGCAUCCGAUUGUUUGCCAGCACGUUUGAUGAGUUAAUUCGUUAAGUUACCCCGUCAUACUUAGAAUAAUAAGAUCAUCUCGGCUGUCUCCUAGUUUCACAUGCACCUGACAUUCCCUGG